AUGCCUGAGGAAAAAAAGGUUCGUUCCCGUCAUCCGACUUCCAUCAACGCUCCAAAAUCCGCUGCUGGACAAAACAAACCACAUGUUGCCACUAAUUUGCCAACGAUCAACAAAAGAGUUACAAAUGUUCCACUAAAGAAGAGAAGCAAAUUUCACAGUAUCGAGGAACUCUUAGGGAUAAAUAGGAGAGAAGAAGCUCGUGGAUCAGAUCAGAUCCAGACGUCAGAGGAAGAGGGUGAGGAUCCUCGCAAGAAAGCUGCCCGUAACAAUGUUAAUCCACGCAGCUGA